AGAAGAAGAGAAUAAUGAAGCUUUUUAUGAAAUAAUAUUUGGGUUUAUUUUGUUUUAUUUUCUCCUCACAGACUCACAUUUACGUCAACGUCCGUUACGUUGGUGACGUCACCGCGAGCGCGAGAAGUCGAAGUGAAGAGCACAAAGCAGUGUUGAUGUUAGUGUUAGUUCUGGCCCGUUUGGACCCAAACCAAAGUGUAUCAGUAUGAAGCAGGCGGUGACGGCGCACUGAUUCACUCUCGGUUCACUAAUGACCGAAUCACCGAGGAACCGACCAAAGAUAACUCGCACCCGCACGGAGAACAACAACAAGACGAGAAGAAGUCUGACUGAUAAGAUGCGCACGACUUUUAACAUCAUGAAGGACCUUUCCACUCACACCAGACUGACCCCAGAACAGUGGGAGAACCGCCUCAACAGAUUCAUCAACAACAUGAGCAGGAAUGCCAGUGUUCAGACUACACUCAGCACAUGGGGUCUAAGCUUUGAGAACGAGCUGCUGAAUCUGACUGGAAGAGUUCUUCCUGCUGAGAGGAUCCUACAGGGAGCGAGAGCAUACGAGUACAACCCAUGUGACGCGGAUUGGUCUAAAGAGACGCGAGGUCUUCCUCUGAUGACCAGCAUGCCUCUGGAGAUCUGGCUGCUGUCCCAUACGCGCCAUAACGCUGACGUCGCUCACUCACUGCUGCAGACCCUCAACAAAGUGCCCGUGGGCAUCCACCUUCAGAGGCCGGGAAUGAUGGAGUACGAUGAUCGACAGGAGGCUCUGCUGAGAGCUCUGCAGCAGAGAGCGGUGCAACAGGUUCAGAUGGUGGUUGUGAUCCUGUUAGCCAACCGUAAGGAUAAAUAUGAUUGCGUGAAGAAGUACCUGUGUGCGGACUGUCCCACUCCAAGCCAGUGUGUGGUGGCUCGCACCCUCAGCAGACCUCAGACCCUCAUGACCAUAGCCACAAAGAUCUCCUUGCAGGUGAACUGCAAGAUGGAAGGAGAGCUGUGGAGCGUCGAGAUCCCGUUGAAGCACCUGAUGAUGUUGGUAUCGACUGAUACCACGACAGUGCCGCAGGAAAGAGAUCCAUCGGUGCACUGGUGGCCAGCCUCAACCCGGGCAUGUCCAGCUGCGCUGAAGGCCUACUUCAAAUACAACGAAUGUUUGCCGUCACGCAUCGUGGUGUACCGAGAUGGCGUGGGCGACGGCGUGCUGCUGAGCGUAGUCGACUACGAAGUGCCUCAGUUCACGCAGUCCAUCAAGGCCAUGGGUGAAGAUUACGCAUGAGACUCGACACAUCUCCAUAAAACAGAUUUGACUUUUUGGGUUUUCUCUCAGCCAUCAGUGUUUCUGUGUACAGGCCCAAACUGACCGUGUUGGUGGUGAAGAAACGCAUCUCUUCCAGAUUCUUCGCUCUCCUCAACGCCAGACUGAGCGACCCUCCUCCGGGAACGGUCAUCGACGCCAA